AUGAGGGUGAUACCUAGACACUUUGCAAAAUUCCCAGAACACAUGAUUCAGUCUUUUUUUAUGUGUGUCUUUCAAAUAGUAAAAAAGUACCAGUCCAAGGGAUCCAGAAACUUUGUCUUAACUCUUGUCUAUUCCAGGGUUCCUUUCCAACUUCUGGUCCCUGUUGAUCUGAGGGGAGACGUACAUUUGUGCAUAUAUAUAUAUCCUUGCCAUAUGAUGUCACCAUGUCCAUGUCAGAUUUACAACAUUUGUUGCACUGACAACCUGUCUGUUAAUGUUCUACCACAGUAUGUCCCUGCCCUCAGAUUUGGUCGCUCUGCUUUGCUUGAGUUUAUCAGUGAUCCUCCCAACGCUGAGAUUGUUUUACACUCCUCCGGAUCCUCUCAAAUUUACUUUAAGGGAGAUUGUUUCCCUCUUGAAGAAAGAAGCAUGCAAGAUGAUUUGGUGUUCUCGUCACGCCGCUCACCGGUCAUCUGCUUGAAUGGCUGUGUAGCCUCCAGUCAGCCUCUAGCAUCCAACAUUGGACUAGAAAUCCUGAAAAGUGGGGGAAACGCUGCAGACGCUGCUGUAGCUGUGGCUGCGGCCCUGAAUGUAACAGAGCCUACAAGCACAGGAAUCGGAGGAGACGCCUUUUGUCUCUUUUAUGACGCUGCGAGCAGACAAGUUCGAGGACUUAAUGGGAGUGGAAGGAGUCCUAAAGCUCAGACUCUGGAACUGAUGGAGGGGUGUGGAUUCAGUCAGAGUAACCCACCACCUUACUGCCAUGCCUUCAAUGUCACUGUGCCUGGAGCUGCAGCAUGUUGGUGUGACACAGUGAACUUGUUUGGAAGCAAAAAGCUCUCUUUAGCAGACGUGCUACAGCCAGCUAUAGAUCUGGCCCAGAACGGUUUCCCAGUGGCUGAGAUUACAGCGUACCAGUGGGCUGAGGGUGCCAAAUCCCUGAGGGCUGCUGGGAGAGAACUUGGGGGAGAUUUACUUAUUAACAAUCAACCACCUAAACAUGGACAGGUCAUGACAAAUCCUAACCUUGCACGCACCUUCCAGGAGCUUGUACUGCAUGGGAGAAAGGGAUUCUAUGAGGGCAGGAUCGCCCAGGCUGUGGUUGACGUCGUGCAAGAAAAUGGUGGUGUGAUGAGCUUGUACGACAUGAAGAACCAUGUCACCACUGAGAUCACGCCAAUUUACAUCGAUUACAAAACGGUACGAGUUUGGGAGGUCCCACCCAACAGUCAAGGGAUGGCAGCUCUUAUUGCUCUUAAUAUCCUUCAGAGUUUUCCUAUCAAAGACAUGGGUCACAACAGUGCCGACUACCUGCACAUACUGGUUGAGUCACUGAAAUUGAGCAUGACUGAUACCAUGCACUUCAGCACAGACCCAGAUAAAAUGAAUGUGCCUGUGGAGGGGCUUCUUUCCAAGGAUUAUGCUCUCCAGCGAGCACAGUUCAUCCAAAUGGACAAAGCCAGGAGUGUGUGUGAGCCUGGGAUUCCCACAGGAAGUGACACGGUGUAUUUCACUGUGGUGGACAAAGAGGGAAACGCCUGCUCCUUUGUGAACAGCAAUUACAUGGGCUUUGGCACUGGCCUUGUCCCACGAAACUGUGGAUUUUCCCUGCAAAAUAGAGGUGCUAAUUUCUCUCUGGACUCCAAUCAUGUGAACUGCAUAGGCCCAGAGAAGAGGCCAUACCACACAAUAAUCCCUGCCAUGCUCACAGAUCCCUUGUCAGGGCGCCUCCUCUGCUCCUUUGGGGUGAUGGGGGGCUUCAUGCAGCCUCAGGGUCAUGUGCAGGUAUUGCUCAACAUGGUAGAAUUUGGCAUGAAUCCUCAGCGUGCACUCGAUGCCCCACGUGUGUUCGUGUUGUAUGAUCAGGCUGCACGACUGUGGCAGCUCAAUCUGGAGGCGGGCAUGGACCGAGGUGUGGCCGAUGAGCUCAGACGGCGAGGCCAUGUGGUGAACUGGCCAGUAGAAGGACAUGAACGGGACCGGUUUGGACGCGGGCAAAUGAUCAGCAUAGGAAAGUGGUGGUGGGACUUAAGUGAUGAAAAACCAGAAGGAGAAGAGAGGGUACUGUGGGCUGGAUCUGAUCCUAGGGCAGAUGGAUGUGCUGUGGGAUAUUAGCUAGAAAACUGAAGUGAAAAACAUGCACUAUUAGGGUUAGUGGACAAAAAUGAGAGCCCAUAUUACCUAUAAUUGGAUGAACAGUGAAAUGCCUUUAAGACAAUGCACAGAUCCAUUUGCCUUCAUGUAUGUAUUAUUAGACAAUGCUGAAAUGCUUCACAGAUAAGUAUUUUAAAUUUAAAAAAAAAACGUUUUUAAGUGCUUCACACAGACAACCAGAAUCAGUUUGCAGUGAAAAGAAAAAUGACCGGGAGGACAUAGAUGUGUGGCAGUCUGGAAAAACCUGCCAAAUGUCUUUGUAGCUGAAUUCUGGCAAACAUACUGGCCUGUAACAUACUUCGACACUUUAACUUUAGGAAUCCAUAAAUAUUUCACCAAAUCAAUGUGGAAAGGUUUUUUUUCUUCUUCUAGACGUCCUGCAAAGAUUAAGGAGCUACUUUUAACAAACACAGCUGUAAAAACACACUAAAUGUCAGGCUUUGGACAUGUUGUAUAGCUAUGUGCCCAUAGCAAAAUGGACAUAAGCCUAAUCAAUACAGGUUUUUUUUUAGUCAAAGAAAGGCUGUCAAAAUGUCAGUGAUGUUCCUGUGCCACAGUCGGAGCGAAUCUUUAAAUGUAAUAGUCUCUCUUCAGUUUUUCACAUUUGAUUGAGAUACAUGCAAAAGAUAAACAUGUUUCAUAUGAAGCCUGUUGUUCUCAGAGCUUUAUACUGUACAAUAGAAAUAGAUUUCAUUUUGUGAUGGGUUUUCCAAGACUGCCCCACAUUUGAAUAAUUACAAACCUAAUCUCAUUUUAUGUAGUGAGAAAAACGCUGAAGCCACCCCUAACUCUAACCUUAAUCUUCCUAGAAUUUGAUACAACUUCAGUCACAUGACAGUCCAUCCAGGAUUACAUGAUUUUGCGAUCACAGAAAUGAACGCAAAAUCAAGCAAACUGCAAUAUUCUGUGGAUCUUGCGAUUUUUCAAAACUACCACAGAUCUUCUGCAGAUUUGGCCCGAGACACGUAUUGUGACAUCAUCACAACACGCAUUCAGCCAAUGCCAUCUUGGAUUUACGUGUGUCGAACAUGAGUACAGCGAAAAGGUCUCAUUUACCAACAAACAUGAUUGUGAAAUACCGUGUAAAACUAUUUCGUGCAAUUUCAACUUUGCCAAUUCAAGCAGUUUUUCCGCAAAGAAAAAAGCACAAAACUUUGCAAAUUGCAUAGCAAAUUUAGAAAAAAAGCCAAAGCAUUUUUGGUUGUAAAUGUGGACUUUUUUUAGCUGCAUUUUUGGACUGAUAUGAAUUAUUAUGUCUCUGCAAGCAUAAAUUAGUUCAGGUAUGUAACAUAGAGUGUAGUGGUUUAAGGGUUAAUAAUAAUAAUAAUAAUAAUAAUAAACUGUAUUUUAUAGAGUGCCUUUAAAAGCAGCUUCUCAAAGCGCUGUACACAAAAUAAGCAGUACACCGAAAAAAAUUAAAAUUGUAAAAAAAUAAUAAUAAAAAAUAAAAUAAUUAACCAUUUAAUUAAGCUGAUAUUCAGAAUGCUUUUUAAUGUUGCAUGCUGAAGUUUAAAGAAUCUUCUCAUUAUUUAGUUAUCCAGUAACUAGAGUGAAAUUAAAAUACAGUAAAACAGUAUGUAGAACAUUAUACAGUAUGAGUUUAUGGGGUUAAAUAUCCAGUUCAUUCUGAGAUAAGAACAGCUUUAAAGUGCAGCUUUGCACAAAUUUUGUGCCAGUAUAUUACUUUGUUGUUCUAAAGAUCAGUUUUGAGAUAAUCCAAAAUUCAGCCCCGAGAUUACCUCAAGACACAAUAAGCUUAGCACACACAUGACGAAGACACACACGCUUAGCACACAAAUUUUCUCAUGCUUUCCAGAAAUAAAAGCAGCUAUGUAUGCCAAAUGCAGGCAUAAUAAUGUGUAAAUACAGUACUGAUGAAUAGUCGUCUGAGAUUACGUGAGAAAUGAGAGUAGUAGAGAUAAAGUUCCCACUGAUUUGCACAUGAAUUGUGCUAGAUAUACAUGCGAAUUACGGUAACCCUAGUGGUUAAGGAAGUACAGCCUAUUUCUUUCAAUUGAUAUCACUGAUUGUAAGUUGCCUCAUUAUUUUAUUUGAAGUAUUUCUGGAACGCAUUAAACAUUUUUCCUCAACAGAAA